GUCUUUGAAAUCUAGGUCAUGGUGCCAGCCGGAGUCCCGGCUGAGGACGGGCGGUGAGUAACGCAGAGGUGGUUCAAGCUCGGGAGGAAGAAGGCCGGCAUUACGUUACCCUUUCCACGUCACUCUGACCAGCUCUCCUCGCCAGCCACAGCCAGCUCACAAAACCCCAUCGGAGAUCUAAGGCACUAAGCAUGUUUCCAGAGGGGUUUGACGGCGGGCUUGCUGACAGCAGGGACCGGGCUUAAACUUCGGGCUUCUCGAGAGAGCUGUCAGAGUUGCCUCACGUCCACUCUACCACAGUAGCAGGGUACGGCCUUCCGCGAUCAACUCACACCAGAUGGGGAAGCCAUAGGGAGUUUGUAUCAUGGCAGCAGAUGAGGAUGGACUGGGACUGUUUAAUAUCCGAUACAGCGCUGAAGCUUCCCCCUUCAAGGAAGGUGAUGAGAGCUCAGUGGAUAUUUAUGAUGGCUUGGACAAUGGUUUGACAGUUCCUGACAAUUCUGCUCCAAAUUCUACACCAGCUGGAAACAGCUUAAAUUUAUUUGAUGAGAUAUUGAUCGAAGAAGGGACUGCAAAGGAAGCAUCCUACAAUGAGUUGCAGGCAGAAUAUGGAAAAUGUCAGCAGCAAAUUAAAGAAUUGAUGAAGAAAUUUAAGGAGAUACAGGCACAGAAUGUCAUUCUACAGAAUGAAAACCAGGCCCUCAAAAAGAACAUUUCAGCACUUAUCAAAACAGCAAGAGUGGAAAUUAACCGUAAGGAUGAAGAAAUCAGUCAUCUCCAUCAAAGGCUAUCAGAACUUCCCAAUCACCGAAGUAAUUUCGCCAGAACUUACCUUCCAGGAUCAAAUAAUGGAAGAUGCUCUGAGAUGUGUAAAACAAAAGAUUCCAAAUUCAGGCCUUCUGAUUUAGGUGACAGUGUGAAGGUGGAGCAUAGAGUUAAAAAUGAAUGUUCAAAGGAUACACAUCACAGUUACUCACCUCAUAAUACAGAUGAUGGGAAGGCUAUCAUGGAAAAAAGGAAUGCUCCAUAUUUGCUGAAACACCCUUCUGAAGAGCUCUGCAAUGGUGGUACUCACACGUGUCUGCCAACCCAUGAUCACAGUUCCAACAAAGAUAACAGAAAGGAAAGAAAAGAAAUUAAAAGCAAUGAACAGUACAGUAAGGAAAAUGUCAACAAAUACAAAAGAGAAGUACAUCAGAGCAUGGGGAGCAGUGGUGAUGGAGAAGAGGGGAAUCCAGAUCCUCAGCAAAAGCUGAAAACACUUUCAGAGAAGGCUAGUAAAAAUGAGUUGCAACAAAAAAGUCAGAGUGUAAAGCUGAAAUGCAGUCCAAGUGCAGAAAGAAGAGUAGAAAGGAAUGCUUCUUCCUGGGAGAAACAAACUGCUGGUAAAGACAGAUACCAAGCAAGAGGGGAGUCGUAUGCUGAUGAGAGGUCACAAAAUGUAUUAAAGAAAGACAUUAAAACACAUGAUAGAGAUGAAAAAAAUGCUAGCCAGAAAAAUAAACCAAAUGAAAAGCCACAAGAGCAGCCAAGGAGGUGUGGUAGAGGGAGUAGUCCACUCUCAAAGAAUGAACAUUCCAAGAGCCUUCAUGAAUCACGUAAAUGUCGCUUGGAAGAGUCUAGAAAAGGCAAAGAUACUGACUGCAAGAGAGACAGGGGCACAAACGAUCACACUUCCCGGGAGGGAAGGACUUCACCUUCUAGUGCCAACAGCAGAGAGCAUAAACAUGCACGCUUGAAGGAAACCAGUAACAGAUACGAAUGGGAAACAGCACAUUCCAAAUCAGAAAGGCACAGAACUGAAGAGAAAAGGAAAAGAGAGAGAGAGGAUCAGGAUGAAAAUAGACAUUUUAGAAAUGGAAGAAAAGUUUCGAGAGAGAUUUCUCACCCAUCUGUGAAAGAAUCCAAGAAAGGUACAGAUGCUACAAAAAGUGAGAGGAACAAGUCCUACAAGUUAGUAGACACAUCCAGAGUAGCAGACAGCUUGAGAGACCAUAAAGCUCACAAAAGUAAAGAUGAUCGCACUGGGACAAAAAGGAAAGAUUUAAAACUCAGCUUUAUGGAGAAGCUAAAUUUAACUCUCUCUCCUGCUAAGAAACCAUGUCUCUCUCCAACAGGUGGGCUUAAAGCACUUUCACCAAAGGCCACUGAUGAGGGAAAUACAGAGCUCACACUGCAGGCAGAGCUCUUGGAUUCAGACCACCCUGUUAACUGUGGUCCCAAAGAACAAAUGAAUUCAACUCGGCGAGUUCUGGACAGUGCAGCUCAAAGCAACAUGGAACCAGCAGUGCCUGUUUGUGCUGAUUCUGAAAAUGAAGCCUCGAGAGUAGCAACAGCAGAUCCAGCACGGUCUGGAGCAUCACCAGCAGUGGCAACUGAUGAACUGAGCUCAGAAACCUUACCAAAAGGAGAAGUGGGUCAGGUACUGCCCCAGGCCUUGCCAGGGGCAGCAGAGGUGCUAGUUCCUGACGAGAUGGAGGCACAAAUAUUGUCAGAAGCAGCAGAUACUUGUGAUCUGGUUGAAUCAGAAGCUGCAGCAGCAGUGACAGAUCUGAAUCACUCUGAAUAUUUGCCCCAGGAAGUGGCAGGGAGCAUGGUAGAGUGUGAAGAUUUGCCUCUGAAAGUGGGUGUGACGCAGUGUGAUGAAGUACCAGAAGCAGAAGUGUUAGAAUGUGAAUCUGCCCUUCCAGAGCCAGCUGCAGAGAAGAAAGAGGAACAUAAGAUAUGGCUAGCUACUGACAUAGAAAGCUCAGAAGACAAACAUGACUCUCAAAACCUUGUCUUGGAUGACUCAGAAACCAAAGGUUUUGGUGACCUGGAGUCCCAUGAUGUUGCAGAUGGUAUCAGUGGAGCAAAACCAGACUCUCCAUUGGAAGCAGUGAAGGACAUUGAUCACCUGGCUGCAGAAAACUUGGAAUGUCCCACUGAGGAUAUGAAUACAUCUCAGUCACUUGACAGAACUAUAUUAACUGACAGGAAGGAACCAUUACUUGACCAGAAUGCUUGUGACCUGAAGCCAGACCUAACUGAAAUCAGUGCAGCAGCAUCUUCUCUUAGUGGUGAGAUGUAUCCUAGAACUAAAGAGAGAGAAACGAACCCAGUUCCUGUUGAUGAUGACAGCUCAAUACUGAGCAUUGAUCUCAAUCACUUGAGGUAUAUUCCGAAGGCAAUCAGCCCUCUGAACAGUCCCAUGCGCCCUCUGGCUAAAGCACUUAAGAUGGAAAGUCCCUGCAAAGGUCUGGUGAAGAGUUACAGCAAAGAUGCAAUUCCUGAAAGUCCAGUUGUCAUCUGUCCUUCAAAGAAUUUGUCAAAGGAGGUAAACAAAGAGAACCAAAAGCCAGUUAGCAUGUCUGAUGAACACGCGGAGAUGGAGUCCCAGCUGAGUAUAUCUUCAGAUGAAAUAGAGGAAGGAGAAAUAGUAAGUAGUGAUGAAGAGAAAGCUAAACCAGAAAAAGGCUCUGAGAGUACAAAACCAUCAAACCCAAAAGUUUCUCCUAAGGCAGGAAGCUUGAGCAGCAAUCCACGGGAUCAAAAGAGCGGAACUGUGCAUUGCAGCAAGGAGAAUGGGAAAUACGUUUCUGUGAAGGAAAGUACAAAGAAGAAUGGAGAGAGGCAUAAAAAUCAGAGUUUCAGACCUUCGAAGGAGCUGAAGAAAAACAAAACAGUGAGCAUUGCUUGUCUUGAAAAAAUAGUUCAUGUUGUUGUUGAACCCUCGAAUGUGCAAGAAGUCAUGCAGAUGCUGAGAGCCGUCCGAAAACAAAUGAGGAAGAAUUACAUGAAGUUCAAGGUACACUUCCCAGUUCAGCAUUUUCACAGAAUUAUAGAAUCUGGCAUCGUAAAUCUUACAUCAUUAAUAAAACACCUGAACUUUUCCAAGAUGUCCACGUUAGGUGAGACCUUAAAAUUGAAUAUCUGUGGUAUUAUAGAGUCCAAACUUAAGCAAAUCAAAAAGCACGCCCUAGUUGACCGUCUUUUUGAACAGCAAGUAUCAGAUAUGAAAAAACAGCUAUGGAAGUUUGUAGAGGAACAGCUUGAUUACAUAUUUGAGAAGAUAAGGAGGAUGAUAAUAAAGCUGUGUGAUGUGGGAAACGUGAGGAGUGAGAGCGAGGAAGGGCAGCUUGACAGAGCAGGAAAGCAAAAACACAAGGUCAGUCAUAAAAACGAUGCCCAGAGAUCUAGAAGAAAGUCACUGAAAGCCAGACCCCAGAAGCCUGAAGAGUACAUCCUUUCAAAGCAAAUUGUGGAUUCUCAGCAGCCUAAGCCUCACCAGGAGAAAAAUAAACCAGAAGCACCAAAAGCUGCCUUUACCAAAUGUCUUAACUCCAUCGACAACACGAGGAAUUCCCAAACCAAAGUGCACCUCUCUAAAGAGAGUAACUUGCAGGGCACUCUCACCCCGCUGAAAGGGGUGCAAUAUGAAAAGGACAGAUUCCAGCUCUCCAGGGAUGCUAACAAGUCUGACCUCAGCUACGAGCUUCUCACAGAACAACAAGCCUCCAGCCUUACAUUUAAUCUCGUAAGUGAUGCUCAGAUGGGUGAAAUUUUCAAAAGCUUACUGCAAGGUUCUGAUCUCUUAGACAAAAACGGUGGCAGUGUCGACCGGAAUGAGUGGGAAUUCAGGACUCCAGAAAAACAGUUUUUAGACAGUCAUAAAUUCAGAGGUAACACUGCUGGGCUGGUGCAGGAGAUUGCUCCAAAGGAAGCAUGUGUGGAAUCUCGAGCAGUAGAAGAUAUUAACUGGCCUAUUGUUUCACCUCUAAGAGCUCCUUCCUUAGGAUCUAGGCUUCAGCUACCUGUUGAUCCAGAUGUAUUGGAUGAAAGCUGUAUGUUUGACCUUCCUACAAGUGCAGCUUCAUGUAAAGAAGACGACUGCAGCUUACAAAAGAAUAAAUCAUUUGUUUCUUCUAUCUUACUUGAAGAUUUGGCUGUUUCCUUAACUAUUCCUUCCCCCUUGAAAUCAGAUGCUCACCUCAGCUUCCUAAAACCUGAGAGUAAUCCUAGCUCAACUCCUGAGGGUGUUCUCAGCGCACAUUACAGCGAAGAUGCACUUCUUGAAGGGGAGGAUGCCACUGAGCAAGACAUUCAUUUGGCUCUGGAGUCUGAUAACUCGAGCAGCAAGUCCAGCUGCUCUUCGUCAUGGACAAGCCGGCCUGUUGCUGCGGGUUUCCAGUGCCGCCCCAGCCUGCCGAUGCAGGCAGUAAUCAUGGAGAAAUCCAACGAUCACUUCAUUGUCAAGAUCAGGCGUGCAGUGCCAGCGACCUCACCAGCGUCUGAGCACGUGGCCUCGGCGAAGGAGGGGUGGGCAUCCUCGGCCAAGAGUGAAAGAGCAGAAGUGAGGAGUGGGGGAAAAGAAAGGACAAGUCAGAGUGCCAUAGCAGCCGCUGUGCAAGGCAACGUCAAAGCCAAUCUGGAUAAGACUAAUUGGUUGCCUCAUGUCAGCACUGGACAAGAACAAAAUCCUGCCUUACCUCAGCCUCUGAAGGAGUCUCAUGAUAGCAUUGGAAAGAAAGGAACUACUGAGUUGCUUGGACCUUCUAGAAAGUCUUCAAACACAGAGAGCCAUGACACUAAAAGCUCAGAUGAGGGCUCUGAGCAAUCUCAAGCACACGGACUGGAAGUAUCUGAAAACAUGAGUGAAGUGGGUAUUAGAUCUCACUCUUCUUUCCCUGCUGGCUGCAGUGUGGAGUCAUACAUAGACUUAACAACAGAUGAUAUCGUUGGUGAAACUUCACGUAGUGCAGCAGAGUCCACGGCAGACAGCAGGGCUCAGGAAACUUCUACAGGAAACUCAGAAGUCAGCGAUAAAAAGGGAGAACUGGAAGAGUGCUCUGAUGCAUUUAUAGACUUAACAGAAGAGCUUUCCAAUGAGACUGUAGCAAGUGAAUGUAAUCUUGAGAGGAAAUCCACUUCAAAUACUGAUACAAGAUGCCAGAUAAGUACUGAUGAUAAAACGAACAAAAGGAGGAGGAAGGAGAGUGUUGAAGAGAAUUCCAUCUCAAAAAGGCGACGAAAAGAAACCGACUCAGCAGGUGAAGGGAGUGAUGCCAGUGAUGGGAAGUCUGAAGAGGUACAUUCAACACCCAAACAGAAGAAGAAUGAGUUGCAGCAGAACUCUCCUUCUUUCAAAGACUCUUCUCCUUUGCCUUCAACUGCUUCAUCGCCUAGUUUGUAUGCCAAAAACAUCAUUAAAAAGAAGGGAGAAGUAGUAGUUUCCUGGACGAGAAAUGAUGACCGAGAAAUUUUACUGGAAUGUCAGAGAAAAGGACCUUCAAGCAAAACAUUUGUGUCCUUGGCCACUAGACUGAACAAAAGUCCAAACCAGGUCUCGGAAAGAUUCAAGCAGUUAAUGAAGCUGUUCAAGAAAUCCAAGUGCAAGUAAACUUACUACCAAGUUGCUUUCAUGGUUACAGGGUUUAGAUGUUACCAGUAAUGAUGGACUGCAGCCACUGCAUUCAUAUGCUGGGAUUAGUGGGAGAUAUCCAAGUGAAAGUAUUCGGUUUGGCCAAUCUGAUGCACUAUUCAUUAUUUACUCACUGUCCACAUUUCCUCUGAAGUGGUUCAUGAGAAUAACAGAGAGGGAACUUUGCAAACAAACUGGCUAGGGGAGAAUGAACAUGUACAAAUGGAGCAGCAGCGUUUCCGGGGGCGACAUCUCCUGUAGGCUGAAUGUCUUCUGUGAGCAAAGACAAGGGUGUGGAGUCAAGUGAAAAUGGUGACUCUUGCUUAACAAUGAAAAGUAAAGAGUGCUUUGGAAUCCAGUUGGUAGAUAACCCUGGAAAAUGAGAGGUGCAUUGUCUUAGCUAGCUUGAAGCACAUUCAUAGAAGGUAAACCUUCCCUUAAAAUAAGGCAAUGAUAGCAAUGAUAUUAAAAGCUGCUUACCUCAUAAUUGGAUUCUGAUGGCAAGGUGGUUCUUGCUGCUUUGUCAGUUGCUCAUAAUGGGCUUCAGGGAGUGGAUCUGGGCCAUGAAUAUGGGAUUAAUUGUCAACCUUAAGCCAUUUCUUUGUUUUCAACACCUAAGCCAUUUCUUAACGACUUCAGUGUUCAAUGGGGAUGCAUUAAGUUCUGUUUGAGGGUGCCCAUCUGUCAUCAUUGACAGUGGAAGGAGAAAAUCUCAGCCAGUUGUCUAGCCUAGGCCCUUAGCUUUCUGGUUUUGAAGUCCUAGGAGUCCCAACCUUUGUGACAGCAAAGCCAGUCAUUGAUGCAGUGAAGAGAUUCUCAGUUUCUUUUAAACCGAGACCUACACUAAGGAGCAUUCCUUUACAAAGACCUGGCUUGCAAUGUAACAACAUUUUGCAGUUCUGGUGACCUUCAAAAUUCAAUACUGAGAAUCUUUUAAAUAAGUGAGAGGGUUUUCCCCAUGAAAAAUGUACAUUGCAUUUUGUUUCAUUUUCCAAUUACUUUUUUUUACUUUGGAAAAAGGCAAAAAAGUUUUCUGCUUCUUUGCAGAACAGUUUUCUCUGGUUUUCUGCUUCACAUUACACCUGGGAAAGGUCCUUAAUUUAGAUCCUCAUCUUGAACAUUUUGGUUUUAAAUAAUUAAAAAAUACAAUUGACUUUUUUUUUUUUUUUGCAUUGAUUUUGAACCAGUCCUUUGCAGUUUUAAUGAAAUAUGGUUUUAUGCUUAUUAAGCAGAAGAAAAGCUGUCUGUAACAAAAGAAAAAGCCAUUUGCAAAGCUUGUCAGCUUGGCAUGUUUUGACAGCAGUUGUGUCUAUCUUUACCAAUUGUUUAGUACAUUAGAAAUUCAUUUUUAAAGAACUCUUGUAACUGCUUCCAGUUCUACCAGUACAUACUAGAAGUGUGUGUAUGUAUAUAUAUAUAUAUACACACACACUCACAUCUCAUAGCCUUUAACCCAUGAUUCUUAAAAGCUUUUUUUUUUCCCCUAAGGAACAUUCCUGGAAGUCACACAGGUAUUUGUAUUGGGCAUUCACUGAUAGUUCAGGCUUUGUUCUGCACUAAGGAUCAGAAUGGCUGUAGCCUUUAUUCAGUCAGAAUAUCUACUGUGUUUAGUUAGGCUUUAAGAGCCCCACCUAAGUACAUUGCCUUUCAACAUGGAUCAAAUUAAGGGGUUGGGUUUUCUUUUGUUUCUUCAUAAGGCAGUGCCCGGUUCUUCCAUUUCAGCAUAAUGGGUUUUUGCUCCCUCUCCAGCUAAUGGGACAGACUUCUCACUCCAAUAAACCAUAAGAUAAUUUGUUAGUGCCUUGCCACUGACACCACAGAAGCACUGUAAACAUGACCAAUGGAGUGGAUUGUGACGCUGCCAAGCAGUGCAUCAUCCUCACUUUAGGCAGUGCUCUGGAAACAGUUACAAGAAAUGACUUGAGUGGGUGAUGAUGUCAGCUCUGGCACUCUUCCAUGUUAAUGUGCUUGCUCCAGAAGGUUUGCUUUUGAUGAUGGAGUGCCAUGUUCAUGCUACAGCAGCAGCACCUAGGGGCUGCACUGGGGGAUUGGCGUACCCUACCCGUGCUUGUUCUUUAGAAACGUUUGUGACAAUUGUUUGCUCGUUGGAGGUUUAGGUCUAACUGAAGCUGUUCUCACAGUAGCCAGUUUGCAGAGUAGCAUUCGUGUCUGGGGGCAAAUCAGACUCUACUAAGAGUAUUCUUUUAACCAUAUCUUUAGAGAUCAAAAUGUGCACAGUAGCGAAGGCACUGAGGGAAGUAGUUUCUCUCUACUGAACUCCUUCCUCUGUCUCAAAAAAGCAGGCAGAAUUUUGUUACAAAGUUGUUUAUUCCUUGACUGUUUGUUUACUUUCUUACCUGGGGCAGGGGGGGAGCAACAGGGGUUUGACUGUUUUGGUUCUAACUUUGAAUCCACUUUUGUAAAUAAUGAAACUUUUGGGUUUGUUUUUUUUUUAAUGGUCUGUUGUAAGUAUGUGUACAGGUUCCUAUGUGGUCAUGUAAAAUACCUGAUGUGUGUAUAUACAUAUCUAUAUAAAAAUAUAUUGUAUAAAAAUAGAGGGAGCUUUGUUUAGCCAAAGAUGAUUUUUUUAACUGUACGAAACUCCAGGUUUAUUUUGUAUAAACUAAAUAGUUUGCUUACUGCAACAGUAAUGCAAAUUAAAACUGUAAAGUUCACACACACAUACAUGUUCUUGUUGAACAAAAGUUGGUUUGGAGUUGCUUUUGUACCUUUGUCUGUAAUUUAUUUCUCCAACAAGAGUUUUGAUACCUAGAUGCAAAAUGUACUGUAUGUAAAUCUACAAUCUUUAGUUGUGAAAGCUCAGGUAAAUGAAAACCUUUUCUACAGCUGUUGGCUGAUGGCUUGAUGACUCCAAAUGCUGUCAAGCAGCAUCAGAAUUGCCUUCUGUUUGUACAAAUGAGUAGCUCUGUUGAUAUUCUGGCCAAUAAACAUAGAAGCAAUCA